UGUAGGGACGCAAACUUUGCACGCAGGCGCUCGAGGUCUUGAUUUUCGCAGGACAUGUUCAUGUCUGUCAGUCAUCGUGGAUGUACGUGUAGCGCGAUAAAACAAAUAUAAGAGCUAAAAAUUUCUACCAAUGUUGGAGCAAAGUGAUGGCACGCUAUUUCGUAAUAAUAAUUACAGAUCCGAUACCGAGUAUGUGAUAAAAGUGGCCAAGACCCUAUUAACGCCCAUCGGCAUCUGGCCACUUUAUCGAGGCACCUCCAGGUCUGACAAGAUCAAGAAUUUCCUGCAAACGGGAAUAAUAUUCUGCCUGAUGUGCUUCUUGCUUAUCCCGCACGUCAUAUAUACCUUCUUCGACGCAGAGGACCUGGCCAAAUACAUGAAGGUCAUAGCCGCUCAGGUGUUUAGCCUGCUCGCUAUUAUCAAGUUUUGGACAGUAAUCAUCAAUAGAGAAGGGAUUAGAUACUGCUUACAACAAAUGGAGAUUCAAUACAGGGACGUAGAAUGCGAGGAAGAUCGACUUGUAAUGACGAAGAGCGCUAAGAUCGGUAGACUUUUCACGGUGACGUACUUAGGAUUAUCGUACGGUGGUGCCUUACCCUAUCAUAUAAUUAUGCCAUUGUUGGAGGAGAGAAUCAUCAAAGAGGACAAUACGACACAGAUACCUCUACCAUCUCAGCAAUAUAUCUUCUUCGUGGUAGAAAAUUCACCAUUCUACGAAAUGCUCUUUGUCUCACAAAUUCUAAUCAGCAGUAUCAUUCUCUCUACAAACUGUGGCGUUUACAGUUUAAUUGCCACCUGUGUGAUGCACAGCUGCUGUUUAUUCGAAGUCGUUCGUAGGCAGAUGGAAACGAUCCUUAGUAAUGGCACCGAUAAUCUCCAUAAGCGGCUCGGUCAAAUAAUCCAACACCACAUGCAAGCCAUUAGAUUCGCAGAGAUGAUUGAAAAAUCAUUAAAUAUUGUUUUUUUAUGCGAAAUGGUUGGAUGCACUAUUAUUAUAUGUUUCUUGGAAUUUGGAGUUCUUAAGGAAUGGGAAGACGGAAAGAUCUUAAACAUGGGCACAUAUUUUGUUUUAAUGACAUCAAUAUUUGUAAACGUUUAUAUUAUAUCAGCUAUCGGUGAUCGUCUUAAAGAAGAGAGUGAAAAGGUAGGAGAAUCAUCAUAUUUUAUCGAAUGGUAUAAUUUGCCAACAAAAAUCGUGGGCAAUUUAAUUUUGGUAAUGAUCAGAUCAGGCCGCCCGUCAACCUUAACUGCUGCGAAAAUAUUUGAUCUCUCCCUUGGAGGAUUCUGCGAAGUUUGCAAAACAUCGGCAGCAUAUUUCAAUUUUAUACGAGCAAUGACUACAUAAAUUUACAAAUAUUAUCACAUGAUUAUCGGCCAUCUUAUAUAAGAAAGAUAUGUUAAGCUAUUAUCUAUAUCAUCACUUCAUCAGAUAUAUAUAUCUCUCACUUAAUGUAAGCAAGACGAAUCUCUCUGUCGAACAAUAAAUUGCUUACCAGUGUAACCUGAAUAAUGUUAUAUAUCAUGUAAUUUCUAUACGUAAUAUCUUUAUCCAUAUAUCCCCUUUUCUUGGAAAAAAAAUUUUAUUCAAAUUACAAUUAUGAGUUAUGUGUCUAACUUAGCAAGCGCGUA